CAGCGGGCACGUCAAGCAUCAGGUUCAAUUAGUUGCAGCCUUCUUGAAGGUGGGCAGUGAUUACGUAAUCAGAAAAGCAGUAUCACACUUGCAACCUGCAGCAACAUCACACUCAACAUGGCACCCAAUCCACCUACAGAGAACGCCGAGCAAACAACGGCUCCGGUAGCAGGACCGAAUGGCGCGGAGCCCACAAUCGAAACCGCCGAUGGAACCACGAAUGCUGCGGCGCAACCGCUCGCAGAGCCCAGAUUACCGACGCGGAAGGAUGCGUCGCUCAAGGAGUUCCUCAGCAAGAUGGACGAUUACGCGCCGAUCAUCCCGGAUGCCGUAACCAAUUACUACAUGACGCGCGCCGGCCUCCCACCCCCACCGCAGACAGAUCAGCGACUCGCGCGCCUGCUCGCGUUGGCGACACAGAAAUUCAUCGCCGACAUCGCCGCCGACGCGUAUCAAUACAGCCGCAUCCGCGCGAGCAACACCAGCGCCAACAACCCGAUGGGCAACCUCGGCGCCGCCGCGGGCUUCCCCAUCCCCGGUCAGCCGACCUCCCAGCCCGGCAACAAGGACCAGGGCCGCGGCGGGCCGCUGGGCAUCCAGCGCCCCGGGUACGGCGGCGGCGGUCAGGGUGGCAGCCAGAACCGAACCGUGCUGACCAUGGAGGAUCUGGGCAUGGCGGUGGGCGAAUUUGGCGUCAACGUCAAGCGGAGCGAGUUCUACCGUUGAAGGAAGCACGUGCAGGCCAGAAUUCGUCGUGAUGAGCGGUCGGUGCGGGAUGGUCCUUCAUAAGGACUGGCAGUCAUGUGCACUCAUAUGAGGAUAGAGCACUUUAUGAUCUUCUUCGCUGGGUCAGUCGCGAGCUUCUAGGGGUAUGGGGAUGUCAUACAUGGAUUCUUUCCGAUGGCGUUAAGGGGCGGGGAUUCGGCGUUGGGAUUCUAGGAAUAGGCACAUAGUGGUCAUGAGACGCAGAUGUAGGCCCUACAGGCAGCCUUCUAAGUGCAAGAGUCCAUACAAAUAUUCACAGACCACAAAGCUUUGGUCAUC